AUGGCUGAAACACUUGUUUCCGUUAUCCUGGACCAGCUGGCUUCAAUAGCUCGUCAACAAAUUGAAGAACAGUUGAUGCUGGUGGUGGGUGUUGAUGAUGACAUCCAAAAGCUCACCAGCAAUUUCCGAUCCAUUCGAGCUGUCCUUGAAGAUGCAGAGAACAAGCAAUUCAAGGACAAUGCUGUGAGAGAUUGGUUGGAUAAGCUUAAAGAGGCAUCCUAUGAUAUAGAUGAUGUGUUGGAUGAGUGGAAAACUUCAAUUGGGAAAUCACAACUCAAGGAAGUUGAAAAUGCUUCCAAGCCUAUGAUCAAAAAGGUAUGUCCACUCAUCCCUUGUUAUACCUUUUGUUUUAGAAAAGUUAUCAUGCCUUGUGCCAUUACUCGCAAGAUAAAAAGUCUAAGUAAAACAUUAGAUGAUAUUGCUAUGGAAAAAGAUAGGUUUCGUUUCAGUUCGGUCGAGCACACUAUAGAUAUAAAACCACCAAUGACUGCAUCUUUUGGUGAUAUAUCAAUAGUUCAUGGAAGAGAAGCUGAUAAGGAGGAGUUAUUAAACAAGUUAUUGAAUGAGAGUAGUCAAGAGCCAGCCAUCUCUAUUGUUUCUAUUGUAGGGAUGGGUGGGAUCGGUAAAACUACUCUUGCUCGAUUAGUUUUUAAUAGUGAUAAGAUGAAAACCCAUUUUGACAAAAAAAUAUGGGUAUGUGUCUCGGAUCCUUUUGAUGAGAUUAGGAUUGCAAAAGCAAUCCUUGAAUCUCUUGUAGGUGAUGCAUCAAAACUAAGUGAACUAGAAACUAUAUUGCAACAUAUAAGUCAAUAUCUUGAUAGGAAGAAGUUUUUUCUUGUCCUAGAUGAUGUAUGGACUGAAGAUUCCAAAAAUUGGGAGCAACUAAAAGAUUGUUUAAAGUGUGGCUCUCAAGGAAGUAGAAUUCUAGUUACCACACGUAAGCAAAAAGUUGCCAAAGCUAUAGGAGCCACCAACAUGAUCAUGUUAGGGACAUUAUCAGAAAAUGAGUCUUGGUUGUUAUUUAGCCAAAUUGCAUUUUCUGGUGAAGUCAGUGAAAAAUUAGAAGAUAUUGGUAGAAAAAUUGUAGCCAAAUGCAAGGGCUUACCUCUUGCUAUAAAAACCUUAGGAAGCCUCUUGAGUUUCAAAACAAAUAUUGAAGAGUGGCAAAGUGUUCUAGAUAGUGAAAUGUGGGAAAUAGAAGAGGUAGAACGAGGGGUAUUUCCACCUUUACUAUUGAGCUAUUAUGAUUUGCCUUUUCCAUUGAAAAAAUGCUUCUCAUAUUGUGCUAUUUUCCCGCAAGAUCAUGAGAUUAAGAAAGAUGAAUUAAUUAAAUUAUGGAUGGCUCAAAGUUACCUUAGGGAUGAGCGAAACAAAGACAUGGAGUUAACUGGGGAAGAGUAUUUUGAAAACUUAGCAAUGCGCUCUUUUUUUCAAGACUUUAAGAGAAAUAAAUAUGAUGGUAGCAUAGAAAGUUGUAAAAUGCAUGAUAUAGUGCAUGAUUUUGCUCGAUUUCUUACAAAAAAUGAAUGUUUUAGUGUAGAGACUAGUAAUGAAAAAAGAUUGCGUAGUCUUGUGGUUAGGAGUCAAGAUCAGAGAAGUCAGUUGACUACGUCCAAAUUAUUUGAUAACUCAAGUCUACGAGCAUUAAAGUUUAGAUUAAUUGGUAUUCAAGAAAUCCCUACAAAAAUAAAAAAGAUGAUACAUUUGAGGUAUCUUGAUUUAUCUACAUAUGAUUUCGAAGAAUUGCCGAAAGAAUUGUGUGAUUUAUAUAAUCUACAAACGUUAAACAUGGCCUGGUGUGUUAAGCUAACAAAAUUACCUCAAGAGAUCGGAAAGUUAAUCAACUUGAGGCAUUUGAUAUUUGAGACUUAUGGAAUAAAAUACAUGCCAAAAGGAAUUGAAGGAUUAACUUGUCUUCGAACUUUGAAAAAUUUUGUAGUGAGUAGUAGUAGCCAUGGCGGUAAAGCAUGUAGUAUUGAAAGUUUGAAAAACUUGACAAAUCUUCGGUGUCUUGGUAUUUCGGGGUUAGAAAAUGUGGGAGAUGAGGGUGAAGUUAAGCGAGCAAACCUUAAGAAUAAGACAAACCUCCUCUCUUUAUCUUUAGAUUUUGGACUUGAAUAUGACCCAAUGAAAACAUAUGAGAGUCAAGAAAUGGUUCUUGAGGCCUUAGAACCACCUCCAAAUUUAGUGAAAUUAGGUUUAUGGAAUUAUAGAGGUAAAACUAUAUGGCCAAAUUGGAUGAUAUUAUUGACUCAGUUGAGGGAGUUAAGACUUGAAUGUUGCUGUAGGUGUGAGUAUUUGCCUCCUUCGGGAAAAUUAUCAUCUCUUGAGUCACUCUUUAUAGAUAAGGCUAUAUAUGUAAAAAAAGUGGGUAAUGAAUUUUUUGGAAUAGAAAGUGAUGGCAUAGCCACAUCUUCUAUUGUCUUUACCAAAUUAAAAAAUCUUGAGUUUUGGGACAUGGACAGAUGGGAAGAAUGGGAUGAUAUUACUUUGAGAGGAGAUGAAUUAGUUAUUACAAUCAUGCCAUCUCUUCAUUACUUGAAAAUUGGUGGAAUCCACAAACUAAAGACUUUGCCCAAUUACAUUCUUCAAUCGCCAACACUAAAACAAUUGGAGAUCGUCGGUUGCAAUACUCUGAGUCAGCGUUACGAGAAGGAGAGAGGUGAAGAUUGGCACAAGAUCUCUCACAUUCCUGACGUCACCAUUAGAGAACAGUCAUAG